AUGACAGAUAGUGCAACAAGAGUACAUUAUAUAACUCAACGUGCAGGACGUUUAAGAUGUUAUAAUCGUCCAUUUCACAAUGAUUAUGCUUUGUUUGCAACAGGUUCAAAUCAAAAGUGCAAUAAUAUAGCAUUAUGGUCAAUAGAUACUAGAUCACAAUCAGAGGAACCUGAACAAUUGUGUGCCUUUCCAGUAGGUGGACUGGAUCAUAAUGUUACCGAUAUGAGAUUCGUUGAUAUUAGAGGUGUACCAACUAUUGUAUAUGGUGACUCUGAUGGCUCUCUUACACUGUUAUCAGUAUCAGAUCUACCGGCAAAGUGUAUACAACCUGCUGCAGCACAUCACAAGCAUAACAAACAGCAACAGAAUGGUGAGGACUCUGAUUCAGCCGCCGCCAACACAAGAUUGACCAAACAGAAGCGUUGGGAGCAUGCACAUCGUGGCGGUAUCAACUCGAUUGACAACAGCUUUGACAACGAACACAUUGCAACAGUUGGUAGCGAUGGAUCCAUGAACAUAUUUAGCCAUGAAUACGACCAACCAAUCUACACAAACAAGAAGAUCGAUGGACUGUCAAUCAAUGCAGUGCGAUACAUGAGCAAUAAUGAACUUAUAACAUCAGGCGUCAACUCUGUUCUUAAGUUCUGGGACAUCAGAUCAGGCUCAAACAGUGCUCCAAUCAAGACAAUCAAACAAGUACAAUCACAAAUGUCGACAGUGCACUGUAUUGCCGUGCAUCACGAUCAACCUCAUAUCAUAGCCACCGGUAAUGCAGAUGGAUAUGUAUCAAUCUUUGACUUUAGGAACUCAUUCUCAAUCGAUCAGAACAGGAAUCAUACAUCCAAUGUCUGGGAGGUAUCAUUCAGUAGAGCAAAGUCUAGCCAGGUGUACUCUUGCUCAGAGGAUGGCUCGGUGUACCUGUACGAUUACAACCGCGACAACAAGAUGACAUCGGCCAACAUGUUUGAUGUGUACAACAAGGUGGUGCAACCAGUGAUCUCCAGUGGUCUGACGGCAUCAUCAAUCGACUCGUUCGACAUCAACACAUCGCUGCAGACACUCAUCUGCUCGAGC